GUGUGGCAAGCAUCACCUGCAUUGGGAGUGGGAGAUGUGGGCUAUAAAGGGUCCCUGGGCAGCAGCUGCACCUUGUGCUGGACCCUGGUAGGCAGGAUGAGGCCUGGAAGCAGCCUGGGGUUUGGUCUUUUCUGCUGUUUGCUUGGGGUGGUUGUUGCUUACAACCCCUGGGACUUUUUUAGAGGGGAGGCUGAGCUAUGGAGGUACAGAGAGGAUCCUUCCUUGGGGUAUCCCCAUACCUUCUCCCAGCCUUGGGCAUGGGUGGAUGUGUCCCAGCUCCAGGCUGCAGCCCCGCUGCACCCUGUGGCCGUGCAGUGCCAGGAGGCACAGGUGAUGGUCACGGUGCACAAGGACCUCUUUGGCACAGGACGCCUGGUCAGGGCUGCGGAGCUGAGCCUGGGCUCGGCUGGGUGCCGGCCGGUGGCCCAGAGCAAUGCUGAGAGCACUGUGACCUUCGUGGCUGGGCUGCACGAGUGUGGCAGCACCCUCAGGGUGACCCCUGAUGCUCUAGUCUACAGUACAAGCUUAAACUACAACCCAGUUCCUCCUGGGAACCCUGUCAUCAUCCGCACCAGCCCUGCCGUGGUUCCCAUAGAGUGCCACUACCCAAGGAGGGACAAUGUGAGCAGCAAUGGUGUCAAGCCCACGUGGGUGCCCUUCCUCUCCACCCUGUCCUCAGAGGAGAAGCUGCCCUUCUCCCUGCACCUCAUGAAUGAUGACUGGAGUGCUGAGAGAGCCUCCACCAUAUUUCAACUGGGAGAGGUCCUGCACUUCCAAGCUGGUGUCAACAUGGGGAACCACGCACCUCUGAGGAUCUUUGUGGACAACUGUGUGGCCACCCCAACCCCAGACAGGAGCUCUUCCCCCCAGUAUGCUUUCAUUGACUUCAGUGGGUGCCUGGUGGAUGGGCAACUGGAUGAUGCCACCUCAACCUUUAUGUCCCCGAGGCCCAGGCAAGAUGUGCUGCAGUUUGCAGUAGAUGCAUUCAAGUUUGCAGGAGACUCCAGCAAUCUGAUCUACAUCACCUGCCAGCUGAAGGUCUCCCCGGCUGACCAAUCUCCAGACCCUCUGAACAAGGCUUGCUCCUUCGACAAAGCCAGCAACCUCUGGGCCCCUGUGGAAGGCACCCGGGAUGUGUGCUCCUGCUGCGAGAUGAGGAGCUGUGGCCUGGCCAGGCACUCCAGGAAGCCCCACGCUCCAUCCCGAUGGCAAGGGGGACGUGCCCGGAGAGAGCUGCCCUCCCAGCUUGAUCCCUUGGUGAAAGAAGCAGAUGUCGUGGUGGGACCCCUCUUCAUCCACAGCUGGCAGCAUCACCCAGUUAGGAGGAUGCCUUCACAAGAUGCAGCCCAGUUGUGGAUGGUUUUGGGGCUGGCCACGGUUGCUGGUUUGGUCAUCCUGAUCCUCAGUGUUGUAGGAGCUCUGGCUGCCUGCCGGAGGCCCAGCAACCCUGUUUAACUCAGAUGCCACCUUUCAGAGUCUAUCCAAUAAUAAAGUACAAGUUGAAUGACUGAGAGGCUGAGUGGAGAAGUCUUAGAGAGGCAGCCAAACCUACAUGCUAACUGUAAGUGUGCUGCUUUGCCUCCCCAAACCCAACUGAAGUAUCU